CGACAGCCUGGCCUAACAGAAACAACGGUCGUCUGCGAAACUUGUGCUGUCUUCUGCAAGUACGCUGUCGCUGACACAGUGAAGAGCAUCAACCAAUCAUGAAGGUCCUUCUCCUGUUACUCGUCGUCAUUGGAUUGGCAGCAGCUGAUGCCUGGCCUGGGUGGGGACGUAGAAGUGCUGAUCCCGUGGCAGCAGCUCUCUGGCCUGGGUUGGGACGUAGAAGUGCUGAUCCUGCGGAAAUGCAAAGGGUGCAUCCACUGCAAUGCGCGACUCCGAUGUGCGCACGGAACUGCACUCUGGUUACCGGUGACCACGGAUGUCCGGACUGUGAGUGUCCACCGACUCACUGCCCGAGGAAGAAAUGUCCUCCGGGAUGUCACAGAGAAACGGGUAUCCUCCAUGACCGAUGCCCAGAAUGCGUGUGCGAAGCGGAAAUGCAAAGGGUGCAUCCACUGCAAUGCGCGACUCCGAUGUGCGCACGGAACUGCACUCUGGUUACCGGUGACCACGGAUGUCCGGACUGUGAGUGUCCACCGACUCACUGCCCGAGGAAGAAAUGUCCUCCGGGAUGUCACAGAGAAACGGGUAUCCUCCAUGACCGAUGCCCAGAAUGCGUGUGCGAAGCGGAAAUGCAAAGGGUGCAUCCACUGCAAUGCGCGACUCCGAUGUGCGCACGGAACUGCACUCUGGUUACCGGCGACCACGGAUGUCCGGACUGUGAGUGUCCACCGACUCACUGCCCGAGGAAGAAAUGUCCUCCGGGAUGUCACAGAGAAACGGGUAUCCUCCAUGACCGAUGCCCAGAAUGCGUGUGCGAAGCGGAAAUGCAAAGGGUGCAUCCACUGCAAUGCGCGACUCCGAUGUGCGCACGGAACUGCACUCUGGUUACCGGUGACCACGGAUGUCCGGACUGUGAGUGUCCACCGACAUAA